CCUUUCCUGGUAAAAGCCGUCCUCCCCCUGCGGUCUCGGCCACCUCCUCGCCUUCCUGCUUCACUUCGCCCCUCACGCAAUCAGCGGGGAACCCCAAACCCUAAUCCCUCCCCUCCGCGCCGCCGGAGCCAGACGUCUGGGAGAUCGGUCCUCGGGGUUCUACAUCGAUCUCUGGAAUUUUGGAUUCCCAGAUGGGCGAUCACAAGGAGGUCUUCCGCUCCCUGCAAGAACUGUUCCCUAAGGUUGAUCAUCGUAUACUGAAGGCUAUCGCCAUUGAGCACCGUAAAGAUGUUGAUUCAGCGGUGGUUGCGGUCCUUGAUGAAGUCAUGCCGUCCAUGACCAGUUCGGCUGGAGCUUUGUCCGCUCAUCAUGAAGUCUCGCCAUCUAUGGCUGAUUCUGGUCGGAAUUUGUUUGCUAAUCACAGCACGCAUGAAGUGGGAAGUUCAUCAUCUGCUGGACAUGAUAUACGUGUUGAUGAGGUUGAUAAAAGUGUUCACUCUGCACAAGACACUUCUACGGAGAUCACAACUGGCGCACAGGAAAACAUAGACAGUGAACUACAUGUGGGGAGACUUGCAUCAAGCCAUGGAAUGAGCGAGAAACUAAAUCUGUGUUCUGAUACUAUCCCAAAUGGUAAUCAACACGAUUUUGUUCCCAACCUUGAUGUGGUAUCUUCAAAUACCGGUCCAGAUAGAAAGUUGGCUGACUCAGAUAACGAAGUUGGAUAUGGUGGAUUAUCAAGUGAAUGCUUUUCUCAACUACCGAUGGGUGAAAACUGUGCUUACAACACAAGUAUUAAAGCUCUACAUCUCCAUGAUCAAGAUUCCAGUAACAUUCCGGUUGGGGAUCACUUUCCCCAGAACAAUCCAUCAAAGUUCUUUAGUGGUUAUGAGGACAUAAAUUUUGAUGAUGAUUUGUUCUUUUCGGACCUUUUGGCUUUUGGUUCUAAUGACUUAUCUUCUGGAAUUCUGAGUACUGAAAAAGAUUCUUAUACACCUGUGCUGGAUGUUCCCAAUCCAGAUGAAGAAGGAUCCUCUGCUGGGACUUCUGGAGUUACAGAACAGAGGAAUGCCAGCAAUGUUGGCACUGGCUGUAAGCAGCCAUCACAGGAUAUAGUUGAGAAUGAUGACAUUCUCUUGUCUCCUAAAACAGAUAUGCUUCCUGAUCUUAAUUUGAAUCACUUUGCUUCUACGGCUUCAACUCAUUCAAGCCAUUCUGUUAGUAUUGAGUCUCUUGAAGAUUCUAUUGCUGAUGCCAGAAGCAAUAAGAAUGGUCUGUUACCUUCUCUGGAGUUGGUUACAAAAAUGAUAGAGGAUGUAGAACUUCUUGAAGAAAAGGCUAAAGUAGCCAAGCAUGAGUCAUCUGUUGCUGGUACAGGCAUUCUGACAAAAGUUGAGGAACUCAAAGAAAUGCUAACUCAUGCAAAAGAAGCAAAUGAUAUGCAUGCUGGUGAGGUUUUUGGUGAGAAAUCUAUUUUAACCACAGAGGCACGUGAGCUUCAAUCACGACUUCAGAGGCUUUCAGAUGAGAGGAAUAAGUAUCUGGUGAUAAUUGAAGAGAUACACCAAACCCUUGAUGAAAGAUUGGUUGCCGCACAACAAGAAAUUGCAGCAGCUGAGAAAGAAAAGAUUGAAAAAGAGGCUGCUGCUCAUGCACUACUUGAUGAACAAGAAAAGAUGAUGAAUUCUAUUGUCGAAGAAUCGAGAAAGUUGCAAAAGGAAGCAGAGGAUAACUUGAAGUUGAAGGAAUUCUUGGUUGAGAGGGGCCGAAUUGUUGAUAUGCUGCAAGGUGAGAUGUCUGUGAUCUGUGAGGACGUCUCGCUACUCAAGCGAGUGGUGAACGAGCGCCUAUCGUUCAGCAAAUUGCAGCGUUCGACGAUGUCAAGCCUCUCAUCUUCAUUGCAUUCUUCUCUUCACAAGAGCUGGAGUUCCUCGGAUAGAACUACUGAAGCAGCCGCGUCUCUAGAUAAGCACAUCGUCGCUGAAGCUGCAAUUCCAGUGGCCAACAAAGAUCUGGAUGACAACGUGAGCACUGUGGAAGUAUCAGAUGGAAAUGACACUGCCGAUAAAGGCAUUUGCAAGCGAGCGAAUUCCAACGAGGACGGCGAUGGCUGGGAGAUUUGCUGAAGAUGUUCAAGAAGUAGCAGGUUGCCAGAGUAUCUCGAGGGAUAGAAUAACAAUAAUGAUGUAUGGACGUUAUAUUCACUACAGUACUUAAUUUAGUCGCUUUCAUAUGAAUCGAGGAACUAUCGUGGAGUAGCAUCUGGACUUUGGUGAGCCAGUGAGGCCAACGGCUUACCGCUGCAGUAUGCGAGAUGAGUCCAACUGCUGCUGGGCCUUAUUGUAUAUAUAUAAAAAUGAAGGCUUUAGCCGAAAAAGAUGUCUCGAAGUGCGAUA